AUGACAACGUCGGGUCUAGGAGACCGUGUUUUAGGAAUAGGCACCAAGGCAUUGCAAUUGACCGUGCGGGUGUUGAUAUCAUGGCUCCUACAAUCAAAAGUAUUCGACGAAGAGCCGAGUUUCCGCGUGCCCCCAACGAACGUGACCGUGGUAGCCGGAAGUCUGGCUGUGCUUCCUUGCUCAAUACAGCACCUUACUGACGGUCACAUGCGCAGCUGGAACCUGCACAUUCGGGAGUUGCGUCAGAGCGACGCCGGCAUGUACGUAUGCCAGAUCAACACGGAACCCGUCAAGAAGAUGGAGGUGAUGUUGUACGUGCAAGUUCCGGCAAUUGUAGCUGACCAGAAUUCCAGCUCGGACAAAGAAGUGACGGAAGGGGAAACUGUGACGCUAACGUGCAACGCUUCUGGUGUGCCGCCCCCGGGUGUAAGCUGGUUCCGCACGAGAGUGAGGGAACGUAUUGGGUCUGAUGGCGAGAUACUCCGAAUCCACAAUAUGUCACGUGACUGCGGUGGCACGUACGAGUGUGUGGCUGACAACGGGGUAGGGGAGAAAGCGAUACGGCGAAUAAACAUCGCCGUCAAUUGCAAGUACAAGCCAAAUGGGUGUAAUUAA